GACAAGAGCCCGAGUGCUGGCACCGGAGGUCCCGAGACGCUUGCAGUGAAGCUAGGCGGUAUUGCCUUGGCGGCCAAGGAGCCGCGCGACGAUCUGAGCCCAGCCUUGGACAAGGCCGUCCAGACGGUGAUGUGGCAGACACUGUCCAAGAGCCCCAACACCGGCGGCCGCGGCAGCGCGCGCUACCGCCUGGAGAAGAGAUUGCAGGAAGAGGUGCUGGAGUGCGUGGACAGCCAGCUCCAGCAGCAUGAGCAGCUGCGUGACCAGAUACGGGAGCGAGAUCGCUGGAAAGAGACGGCCGAACAGUGCCAGCAG